AGUGGCACGUGUCAUUGGACUCACGUCAAACAGAAGCCAACAAGACCCGUGUUUCUUCUAUUCCUUGCUUUUCCCUCUCCACUGGCAGGGCAGUAGCAAGGAAGCCAACACCUCAAACAAAGAAUCAGCGCUGAAAGCAAACCGAAGCCAAUCAGAGAUCCAACCUCUGAUACUGAUCUCUCUUCGCUUCAAUUCGAUUCACCUUCGCGAACGAGCCAUGGCCAACGAAGAUUCCUGCGCCACGCAACUCAUCGACGGCGACGGCGAGUUCAACGUCGACGGCCUCGGCAACUUCAUCAAGACCGUCAACCUCGCCUCCUGCGGCCUCUCCUACGCCGUCGUCUCCAUCAUGGGACCUCAGAGCAGCGGGAAGAGUACGUUAAUGAAUCAUCUUUUCCACACAAGUUUCAGGGAGAUGGAUGCUUUCAGGGGAAGAUCUCAAACGACCAAGGGCAUUUGGAUGGCCAAGUGUGUCGGGAUUGAGCCAACCACGAUUGCUAUGGAUUUAGAGGGUACUGAUGGAAGGGAGAGGGGCGAGGAUGACACUGCUUUCGAGAAACAGAGUGCUCUUUUUGCUUUGGCAAUAUCAGAUAUUGUUCUGAUAAACAUGUGGUGUCAUGAUAUUGGUAGAGAGCAAGCAGCCAAUAAACCUCUUUUAAAAACUGUUUUUCAGGUCAUGAUGCGUUUAUUCAGUCCCCGGAAAACAACAUUGCUAUUUGUUAUACGUGAUAAAACAAAGACCCCACUUGAACAUUUGGAGCCUAUUCUAAGAGAAGAUAUUCAGAAGAUUUGGGAUGCUGUUCGAAAACCUCAAGCCCAUCAACAUACUCCUCUUAGUGAAUUUUUUAAUGUGGAGGUUACUGCUUUGUCAAGCUAUGAGGACAAGGAGGAUAAGUUCAAAGAGGAGGUUGCUCAAUUACGGCAGCGUUUCUUCCAUUCUAUAGCACCGGGAGGUCUGGCUGGUGAUCGGCGUGGUGUUGUGCCUGCUUCUGCCUUUUCUAUUAGUGCACAGCAAAUAUGGAAAGUCAUACGAGAAAACAAGGAUCUUGAUCUUCCAGCUCAUAAGGUAAUGGUUGCAACUGUGCGUUGUGAAGAGAUUGCAAAUGAAAAACUUAACCAACUGCGCUCUGAUAAGGGUUGGUUGGAAUUGGAGGAAGCUGUUCAAUUAGGUCCAGUACGAGGUUUUGGGGAAAAGCUGAGCUCCAUUAUUGAUGCCUGCCUUUCACAAUAUGACGAGGAGGCAAUCUUCUUUGAUGAAGCCGUGAGAAAUGCAAAACGAAAGCAAUUGGAAUCAAAGGCAUUGGAUCUUGUAAGCCCUGCUUAUACAACAUUGCUAGGGCAUAUACGCUCUAAAGCCCUAGAUGAUUUCAAGACUAAGCUGGAUCGAUCACUGAACAAUGGAGAAGGCUUUGCUUCAUCUGUUCGCACUUUGACUCAGUCUAUUAUGCUCGAGUUUGACAAAGGAUCUGCUGAUGCUGCUGUAAGACAUGCUAAUUGGGGUGCUUCAAAAGUGCGAGACAAACUUCGCCGUGAUAUUGAUUCACAUGCAUCAUCUGUGCGUGGUGCAAAAUUAUUGGAGAUAACAACUAAUUUUGAGAAAAAAUUGGCCAAGGCAUUGACUGCACCUGUGGAGUCUCUCUUUGAAGCAGGUGGAAAGGACACCUGGCUUUCAAUAAGAGAACUACUCAAGCGUGAGACUGAAGCUGCUUUAUCAGAAUUUUCUGUUUCGAUUGCUGGUUUUGAGCUGGAUGAAGAAACAGUUGAAAAAAUGCAACAAAGCUUAAGGGACUAUGCAAGAAAGUUGGUGGAAAAUAAAGCUCGAGAAGAAGCUGGAAAGAUUCUGAUACGCAUGAAAGAUAGGUUCUCCACAGUCUUCAAUCAUGAUAAUGAUUCACUGCCUAGAGUUUGGACUGGGAAGGAAGAUAUUAGAGCUAUUACAAGAGAUGCUCGCUCUGCGUCACUGAAGCUUCUAUCAGAUAUGGCUGCUAUACGUUUGGAUGAGAAGCCAGACCGCAUUGAAAAUGUACUUCAAUCAUCUCUGAUAGAUAAAACUAGUGCUGCAACAUCUUCACAAUAUAUAAGUGAUAGGGAAGCUUCUGUGGAUCCAUUGGCUUCAAGCACAUGGGAGGAGGUUUCUCCAGAAGAUAUGCUUAUCACUCCAGUUCAGUGCAAGGCUUUGUGGAGACAAUUCCAGGGAGAAACAGAGUAUACAGUUACGCAAGCUAUUUCAGCUCAGGAGGCCUACAAGCGGAGUAACAAUUGGUUACCUCCUCCAUGGGCAAUAAUGGCAAUGGUCAUACUUGGUUUUAAUGAAUUUAUGAUGCUUCUAAAAAAUCCUCUCUACCUGAUGUUUAUAUUUGUUGCUUAUCUAAUCGGAAAGGCCAUAUGGGUACAAAUGGACAUAGCUGGAGAAUUUCGACAUGGCGCUCUGCCUGGACUAAUAUCCAUUUCAUCAAGGUUUCUUCCCACGGUUAUGAACCUUAUUAAACGUCUUGCUGAAGAAGCUCAGGGGAAUCCAACACCUGCAGAAUCCCAAGGGUCAGCAUCUCAGAUAUUCAGAAAUCAAGUGCACAGACCUGAUUCAGUAUCAUCAAGUGUUGGCUCAUCUGUGGACGAUGAUGAAUACUCAACCACAAACUUGUCUCAGAGGCGAAGAACAAACGUUCCAGAAGCUGAAUUUUCAUGACAAUUUGAUUUAAAGACGGUUGGCAUCAGAAUAGACAUGCACCAGUUAGGGUGACUUCCCAGAUCAGUUUUGUACUUUUUCUAUAUCUAUAUUUUACUUUUCUUCUUUAUAUAACGUGUAAAUUAUCCGAUUAUAUGAAGGACCCCUAUUUGGGUUCUACAACUAAACAUUAUCUCACUCCAGUAGUGACGGAAUAACAAUAUUAUAAACUAGUUUUUCGUUAAAUUUUAGCAACUUUCAUAAGUA